AUGAAGCCAGAAUGGUGGCCUGGGGAAGAGCAUGAAGUCUUUACCAAAUGGGCUUUCGACAAUGGUGUACAAACAGAUGCAGUCACUCCGGCGCGGCUUCAAGGCCGAGGACUCGGAAUGGUUGCUACUCGGAAUAUCAAAAAAGGAGAUGCUGUCCUCCGAGUUCCAACAACAAUCAUGGUAACGGUGGAUGAUGUUCCAGCCAGCUUUACUGAGAAGCUCCCUGAAGACAUCGCCGUGCAAGCACUGUUCGCCGGAUAUCUCACUCACGGCGACCCAGAGCAGCUUUCAAAGUACGACCUGUGGCGCAAAUCAUGGCCUAGUCGACAGGACUUUGAAGACAGCAUGCCGAUACUCUGGCCGCCAGCUUUAGGAGGCCCGCAGUGGCCUGGGAGUGAAGACGUCGGCUCAGAUCAACCCAGUCUUCUUCCCCCGUCUAUUUCAGGGCAUUGGCCCAGCUUGAAGCCCGGCCCGAAAACAAGGAAGUAUACCACAGACUACCAGAAUAUUCUUGCGGAGCAGGCCCAGCGUCUUCGCAAGGCGUGGACCGAUGUUACCUCCGCGUACCCAGAAACCAAGUGGGAGGAUUUCUCUUACCACUGGCUGAUUGUGAAUACGCGAAGCUUCUACUGGGUUGGUGAAGGGCAGGAAGUUCCCGAAGAUCUGAAUGAUGCGAUGGGGCUGGUGCCUUUUGCAGAUUACUUCAAUCAUGCAGAUGUUGCUAGAGAUGUCAAAUUUGACAAGGAUGAAUAUGUAUUCCGUGCUACCAAAGAUUACGAAGAAGGCGAGGAGGUCUUUAUGAACUAUGGCAGUCACCCUAAUGACACGUUACUUGCUGAAUAUGGAUUUAUACUUGACGUCAACGAGGCAGAUUCGAUAUACCUCGAUGACAUAGUAUUCCAGGAUAUUCAUACACCUGGACAGCAAGAGGAAUUAUGGUUGAAUCAAUAUUAUGGGAAUUACCAAGUCACUCCCCACGGGCCCUGCUAUCGCACAGAAACCGCCGCGUGUCUGAGUUAUAUGAAGGAGGAGGACUGGCGGAAUCAUGUACUGGAAGGCCAGUCACAGGGGUUGGAUGAAUCGCGGUCCGAAGCUACCAUCAAGAGGUGGAUCUUGACAUACGCCGCGGAAGCGGAAGCAGGGAUUUCCGCGAUCAACAAGGCCAUCGAGGUCAAUCCCACGGUGCAAGAGCACCUCCCGAAAGCAGAACUUCUGCUCAAGCGAUGGAAGCAGAUCAAGGAUCUCUGCGAGCAUGCAGCUGAAACUGUGUCGAUAUAA